CUGGAGUUAUCCUAAGCCAUGGCGUCACUGCUGCUAGCAUCACCUCUUCCACUCGCCAAUCAAUCUCACACUUCCUCUUCUCACCUUUCCUUCUCUCACUCCCAAACUCUCUUCUCACCGCUCUUCACACCCCUUCCUUCGCUCUCAGUCUCUGCAACCUCCACUUUUUCACCAACCCCUUUUGUCUACUGUGGCAGAGGCGACAGGAAAACUGCAAAGGGAAAGCGCUUCAACCAUUCAUUUGGAAAUGCAAGGCCAAAGGAUAAGAAGAAGGGUAGAGGACCACCGAGGCUUUAUGCACCACCGGCACCUUCCAAGAAAGACAAGUUCGAAGAUAAUGAGGUUGUGAAGAUUGAAAUUGAUGAGUCCCUCUUUUCUGGUUGAUAUUUGUGGUGAAAUUGUAAUUUUUUGCAUUUCAUGGUUUAGUUGUUGAUAUAUGGAUUCCACUAUGACAUGUACGAUUUGGAUUUGGAUUAUGUUAUAUCAGUUUUUAUUAUUUUCUUAGUUGAGUUCACCGUGCUUUAUUUGUCUU